AUGUCUGGGUUGGAAGAUUGCGAUGUAGAGACUUACAAUAAUCUGUUUAACUCUUUGGACGAUGAACUGGACUUUUUCACAAACGACGGCUUUCAGGUAUGUUAUCGAUCUUUGUUGAUUUAUUGACAAUUUAGAAUAACGUGGAUUUGGAUCCGUCGGAGAUCGACAUUUUGAAUGGUUGCAAUUGGGGUUAUAAAUGUACUCCUGAAUCUAGCGAUUCUGGAAAUUAUUCACCCGGUAGCUCAAAUGACGAUAUAACAAGAUACGAUGGAGAAAAUGCAUUUGUUCUGCCUGCUGAAAGUACUGGAACAUUUUCACCUUCGUCUUAUUCAGGGCUGCAGGUAAGGAACUUUGAUUUCUUUAAUUUGAUGCUUUCUUCUUGUUUUUAGUUAUAGUUUUUCAGUUUCAGUUUUGUGUUUAAUAUAUACUUUUUAGGCAUUUUCUGAAAAAAGUUACAAUUCUCAGCUGGAAGUUCUACCACAAAAUCCUUGUACGUCGUUUCAGUUGCAUACAUCAAAUUGUCAGGUGCCAACGACUCCUGUUCCUGUUCAAACUAUUAUGUUAGCUACUCCAGUUACUUUAGUGCCAGCGAAUAGACUUGUAGUUGCUUCUCCUGCGGGAAAUAAGGCUAAUUAUAGUAAUUUAUCUGGUUGGGGUGCUGUGAACAAUAAUUUGAUAAACUGUGGUGUCAAUAAAAACGUCGAUGACGUAAGUUUUUUUAAAUUUUUUUUAAAUUUAGAAUAUUGUUGUCAAAGGUUUUUAUAAAUUUGUUGAACUGGGUCAUGAGUUUCAAUUUUAGAAUGGUUUUAUAAAAAAGAUUGAAGACAAACGGCUUCGGAAUCGUGCAGCCGCUCAGGCAUCUCGCCAAAGAAAAAGGAUGGAGAUGGAUACUAUGAAGCAACAACUACAAGAUUAUGAAGACGAAUGUAAUCGUCUGAAACAAGAGAACAAAGUGCUGAAGGAGCGUGUGAAUCAGCUUGAGAAUAUAAUCAACAAUCCAUUGAGGAGAACAUCAGAUGUACCUCACAAAAAGGCAAAAAGAGUCGCCGGAGCUUGUUUAGCUGUCUGUGCUUUGUUGUUCACCAUUAACAAUGGCUAUAUGGAAAAGUAAGUUGGUUUAGUAAACUUUUUUUUAUAUUUAGUUUAUUAUAAUUGUAGUCGAUGAGAUGGCAAUACAGUAUUUUUAUUUUAGACCGACGAUUUCUACUGAAUUACAACUAGCCCCUCCAUCUGACCUGAUUUACUUAAAAGAACAUCAUGGUAGAUCAUUACCUCGGGUUUCUUUUUAUAAUGUAAGCUUCUAAUUGUUAAUUUUAAAUGCUUAUUUAUAUCAGUUUAACUUAUAACGUUGGUUGUUUAGAAUGUGACCCGAUUUGACAAUCAGACCUUGUGCAACUUUGGCCUUUUAAAUACGACUGAGAAGAUUAGGUAAUAAUUAUUUUAUUUAUUUACGGCUUUUGUUCUUAUCUAGUUUUUUGUAAAAUCUGUUUUAUGUAUAAUGGGUUAUCAUGUUGCAGAUUGAACAAGGACAUUAAUGGAUGGGUAAAACGUCACGAGCAACUUAAUUUUGUGGAACUGAGAAAAGGUGUGGAGCCUGUGUUGAUUUACAAUAGUCCGAAAUCAUUAAUAUUUAAAAAUGCGACAAAACAAAACACAGACGAUAUCGUCAAGAAGAGAGUGUAUUCUUCGAAGAAGGUAGUAAAGAAAGCUGAGACUAACGAUGGAUUUUUGUAAGUUUUAAAUGUAUUUUUAAAUUUGGAGUUCAUUAAUGAAUGUAUUUUUACAGUAGUCAGUAACAAUGUUUUUGUUUUAGACCUUCUGUCCUAAAUGUGUCGCAUGGUGCUGACCGUGAUAGAGACGCUCUGAUGGACAAACUGACGCGUCUCAUCAAACGAGAAGACGACGUUUUGUACUUGGUUAUGAUGAAGGUAAGCGUUUAUGUUGUCAUAGGUUAUAGAUUUAUUUUUUGUUUAUGAUAAAUUUUAAAUUCUAGGAUUACUUUUUGUUACCUAAUCUGAGUGGCAAUGCUACCCAAAAUCCAAAACUGUCAAUCGUCAUACCAGCUCUGUCGCAACAAGAAAAAGGCCUUGAGUUGAAGAUGAUGAAGAUCGAUACUGAAGUAACUGGCACUGGACUGUUUUACCUUUCAAAGGAUGUAGCUUCAGUUUUGAGACAAUCGGAGAUACCUUAA